UCUGCUUUCUCAUCGUCAACUGCUGCAGGACUACGGAGCAGAGGAAGAUCUGGCUGACUCUAUGCUCAACGAUCAAGAGCUGAACGAUCCACAAGUAGAGAUUCCCUUAUUUCGCACGGAGGAAGGUCGAUAUCUGGCGACAUCUCUCGGAGAUCCCCUGAUCAAGGGCCUCACCGAAGUAGCUAACAAACGCCCUGCAGACCCGAUCACCUAUUUGGCCACCUAUCUGUACAACUUUGCCAACCAGAACCGAUCGAAGAACAGUGCCAGCAGCCAAACGAUAUCCGAAUCGACAAAAAACGACUCCAACAACAAUAGCAUCGAGGGUAUCGUCAAGGAGGACUCCGAUAAGGAACUGGAAGGAUCGGCUAAAACGGUAGAGAUCGGACAAGUGGUUGCUCUGGCAAACAACGUUAUGGCCGAACAGUCAACGACAAACGUGGAACGGGCGGAAGAACAAGCGCCACCCUCGCCGGAUUCCGGAGAAAGCUCACCACCGGUGGAUAAUCGGGACGAGCAUGGUCAAAGUAUGUUGCAUUUUGCAUGUGCCCGGUCGCAUGGAAAAAAUGCGAUCAUUCAAUUAAUUGAAGAAUCUGGUACAAGCAUCACUUAUCGUGACGAGCUGUAUCGUACGGCUAGGGAUGUUUCACUGCAAGCUACCCAACAGGAUAAUGCCCGGGAAAUCGAUCGCUACGUUAUGGGAUUGGCCGCCCGUGGUGAUUUGGAAACGUUAAGCAAUAUGCUUCUGGAUGGGUAUGACCAUGUGGUAGAUGUGACCGGCACCGAUGGUACGACAAUCGUACAGGUUGCAUCAACCAGGGGCCACAUGGAGGUUGUUCGAUUUUUGGAAGGCAUUAGACAGUUUGAGGAAAAUCGCGAAAAAUUGUUGACUGCCGUUCGGGAAAAGGAUCUGCAGAAGGUGAAGGAAAUAACCCAACAACCAGAUGGGGCAAAGCUUGCACGGACUAAAAACUACUACGGACGAUGUUCGCUACACGUGGCAGUGUUGAUGGAAAAUGAAGAAAUUGUUGAAUAUUUGGCAACAAACUUCAGACUGACUCUCAAAGUCGGUGACAAUCUCGAACGAACACCUCUUCACUAUGCCAUGGGAGUAAGCAAUGUUGAAGCAAUUAGUCGUAUUCUAAUCAGGAAUGGAGCUAAACGAAUCAUGAAGGAUCUGAAAGGUCGGCAGCCGACAUACUAUUUUAUGAAUAAGGUCGACGUUUUGCGUUUGCAAGAAGAGGAGAAGGAAUGAGUGCCUUUAAUGGAGAAA